AUGGGGGAAUUAGAUGCUAGACAUGUUGACUCUUUGCCUACUAGUUCCAGUUCAAGACCUUCAGUGACGAUCGGUUCGUCGCUAAUUCCGGUCAUCAACAAGCUUCAGGACAUUCUUGCACAGGCAGGCAGCGAAUUAGAUGUUUCGCUGCCUCAAGUGGCGGUUGUGGGAAGCCAAAGUAGCGGCAAAUCGAGCGUUCUCGAAGCACUAGUCGGCCGCGACUUUCUUCCUCGCGGCUGCGAUAUCUGCACUCGCAGACCGCUCGUGUUGAUGCUCGAGAAUCGCCUGCCCAAACCCGGCGAUGAUCGGACCGAGUGGGGCGAGUUUCGCCACUUGCCUCAAAAGCGCUUCUACGACUUCUCUGAAAUUCGUGCAGAAAUUCAGGCUGAGACGGAAAGAGAGGCAGGAUUGAACAAAGGGGUUUCGGAGAAACAAAUUCGGCUGAAGAUUACCUCUCCAAAUGUUCUUAAUAUGACUCUUGUUGAUUUGCCCGGCAUCACCAAAGUUCCUGUUGGAGAUCAACCUAAUGAUAUAGAAGCAAGGAUUAGGAAGAUGGUUAUGACCCAUAUUUCGCAACAAAACUGCAUUAUAUUGGCAGUUACUCCUGCGAAUUCUGAUUUGGCAACCUCCGAUGCACUUCAGAUGGCAAGAGAAGCCGACCCAGCUGGUUUUCGUACAAUUGGUGUUAUCACCAAGCUCGAUAUAAUGGACAGGGGCACUGAUGCUCGCAGCUUCUUGCUUGGGAAAGUUAUUCCACUAAAGCUUGGUUAUGUUGGUGUUGUGAAUCGUAGCCAGGAGGACAUCAAUAAAAACCGUGGCAUUGCUACCGCACUUGCUUACGAGGAGAAAUUCUUCAAUGAUCACUCAGUAUACAGGGGUCUCUCUGAUCAUUGUGGCAUCCCCCAGUUAGCAAGGAAGCUGAAUGAGAUUCUGGAGCAGCAUAUCAGAAUGGUUUUCCCUGCUUUGAAGACUGAUUUGAAUUAUAAAAUGGAUACUGUUUUAAAAGAACUGCAGGCAUAUGGAAAACCUAUAGAAUCUAAAAUGGAACAGGGAGUGAUUUUGCUGAACAUUUUAACGCAAUAUUGUGAAGCUUUUGCUGCCAUGGUGGAUGGAAAAAGUCAGGAGAUGUCAACUAAAGAAUUGUCAGGAGGAGCCAGGAUCCACUACAUCCUCCAGUCAAUUUUUGUAAAGUGCUUGGAGGAAGUGGACCCCUGUGACGAUCUAACUGAUGAUGAUAUUCGAAUGGCUAUUCAAAAUGCUUCUGGUGCAAGAAAUGCUUUAUUUGUGCCUGAGGUCCCAUUUGAAUUUUUAGUUAGGAGACAAAUUGCUCGCCUGUUAGACCCAAGCCUUCAGUGUCUUCGAUUUGUUUAUGAUGAACUAAUGAAGAUAAGCCACGCUUGUGAGGUAACUGAGUUGCAAAGGUUUCCAGUAUUGAGAAAGCAUCUGGAUGAAGUCAUGGUAAAUUUUUUGCGCGAUGGUGUAGAACCUGCUGAGAGAAUGAUAGGAAAUCUUAUUGAGAUGGAGGUGGAUUAUAUAAACACUUCACAUCCAAAUUUUUUAGGUGGGAACAAAGCUGCCGAGCUUGCUAUGCAGCUGUUGAAAUCACCACAGGGCGUUACAGAUGCUGAAGGCCAGACUUCCCAGACUUCCCAGACUUCCCAGACAGCUCGAACUAUUCGGUCUGGGCUUUUGAAUGGACUUUUACCUAACCAGGGGAGUCGUCCUCAGCCUAAUAACGAGAAUCAUGUCUCUUCUGGAACUAAGGCUUGGAUUCCAUCUCUAUUCGGAAGUAAGACAUCAGCUGGAGAGUCUAUGGCUUGCAGACCUUUAGGUGAACCAAGUCAUUCAGACUCAAUGCCCUCUAUAAUCCAUUUGAGAGAGCCACCAUCCAGCUUAAGGCCAGUUCAAAUGACAGAGAAUAAAGCAGUGGAAAUUAUUGUAACCAAAUUACUCUUGCGGUCGUAUUAUGACAUUGUUAGAAAGAACAUUCAAGACCUAGUUCCAAAAGCUAUAAUGCACUUUCUGGUCAAUCUUACAAAACGGAACCUUCAUAGGACCUUUAUUCAAAAACUGUACAGAGAGAACUUGUUUGAAGAACUGCUGCAGGAGCACGAUGCACAUGUUUCACAAAGAAAACGUAACCAAGAAUUAUUCAAGGUUUUGGAGCAAUCUGUUCAGGCACUCGAGAAGGUUGACUUCGAUGUCUCAUCCCAAACUUCAAAUUUGGGCACUGAUGCUUCCAUUGGACUGCCAAGGAUUCCAAGGACUUCAGCCCAUCUACACACGACAGCAGGCAGUGAGAUAGGCCAAGUUUCAUACCGUCCGUUUCCCAUGCCAUCCAUGACUAAGUCCACAGCUUGA